GAAUGGCCCUGUUGCAAGGGGACCUUCCCCUUCGAGGAGAGAUGUAACACACACAACGUGGCAAGGUGACACGCCUGAGGCCAAAGUAGUUUCAGCUAGCGAGAUGAAGUCAGCCCUUGAGGAGUGGUUGGCAGAGCUGUUUGGACUUGUUGUGACGGAUGCGAAAAAGUGGGAGGAGGUGAAAGUGGAGCACAACGGCAUUUCCUGGGCUGUACACACAUUGAAUUUGGAGGCUGUGUCUUUGUCCAAGGAGGGAUCCACAGCCAAAGGACUAGCAGAGAAGCUUUCAACAAUGCCGAUGACUGAACUACGACAUUUCGGUUUGCGCUUCGUUACCCCCGCGAAGGAGGGCACAGUGGCUACAGAGAACGACAUGGAACCUUUUCUUUCUGAAGGUCCACAUCCUGGCAGGUGCAAGGUGGAGGAUGGUGCUGCAGGGCUUUCUGUUGCAAGAAGUUUGGAGGACAGCCGCAAGCGCUACAUUGCUUCUGGAAAGGACAGCUUCAAGAUAUUGUGCCAAUCACAAGUGGAUGCUCCUCAAGGAGGAAGACGUUUUAUUGGAACAAGGGACAGCCUCCAAAAUGGGGCGAUUCUCAAAGAAGAUACGCAGGAUCGCGGAUUUGUCCCGAUGCGAAAACCUGGCUACGCUGCCACUCAGACUGGCAAUCGGUUGUGGUGACGGUUGGAACCUUGAGUGGUUCUGCUGUGAAAUGAAUUUGAUUUCGAGAAGCUAAUGAAUUCGUGUGGGAUUAUAGAUUCU